AAUCACUUGGAUACCUGUAUCAGCUGCUGAAUAUCCUAUGUUUCACACUCUGAGUAAGAACUUGAAAAGUCUUCGUUUUCGAGUUAAGUAGAGUGAAACUGGCAAGGAUCCGGACCUUGAAAUUCGACGAAUCAGCUUGCUCCGGAUGCAGGUCCUUCUCAUCAAAAUUUAUGGGCCGAGCUUAAUUAGGCUUUGUUUUACGCGUUUUGAUUUCUGAAAGUAGACAUUAGAGAAAUGGAGGAGUAUGGAAGUUACUCGGAACAAGCAGAUUCUAUGAAAAUGACUGAUGUUACGUCGGACAUAAAAAGAAGCUCCUUCUAUCUUUAUUCCGACCUAAAUUGCAUCAGCUUUUUAUUAAGUGAUUUUCUGGGUUGUUUUGUUUUGGCUUUUCACCUACAAUUCCUUCAUUCUUCAAUUUCAAUUCAAUCUUUAUAUCUUCCAGAAAGGCUUAUCUUCCACUAUGGAUCAAGUAAAGAUAUCUGUGGGAAUUUGGGGACUUAUAACCUAUUUCAGUAAACCCAGUCUUGAUGAGAUGAAAAGAGUUCUUGAGGGUGAAACUGAAUGCUUAAGUGCCAAGAUACUGGACAUUUCUAGUCUAACCUCUUCCACUCAGGCUCGAAGGGGCAAGAAGCGAAAACAAGAGGACUGUCCCUGGAUGACUGAGGGUCAGAGUCUGGUGGUGAAAUCUCGAUGCCUGUUAGGGCUAGUUGGAGGAUGGAGGAGCUUACCCUUAGGUGCAAAGACGAGAUGGGAGGUUUACAAAUUGGUGUAUGCUUUGAAAGACCAUGACACAAAGGGUAACAGGGUCCUUAAAGAGGCCUUGUCUGAUGCCCGAGGCCUGUGUCGUGGCUAUCAUAUACCGGUAAAACAGUUAGUUGGCCGAGUUGCUUCUAGCACUUUUGACUAUCUUAAGGUUUUGCUGGAAGGUGGUGGUGCUGGUAGAAUUGCUAUUUAUGGGAUGGAAGGAAUUGGUAAAACCUUUUUGAUGAAGCACCUGCACAACUACGCUCUAAAAAGGUUUGAUUAUGUUUUUUGGGUUUCUUUCCCUGAUAUGUUCACCAUCAAGCAUCUGCAAGAUGCUGUUGCUGCUGCUGUGAACUGUGAUCUUACCGGUGCUGAUCACUUGUUUGUAAGGGCUAGAAAACUGUCAGACACACUUGCUAAUCUUGGUAGAUUUGCUUUUUUGUUAGAUGGUGUGCCAAAAGCUAAUUUUUCUCUGGAACAGGUUGGAAUUCCAGUCCCUGCAAAUGGGAGCGAGUGCAAGCUGGUAUUAUCUACUAGGUCUAGCUUAGAGUACAAACUGUUUGACUGUUUUCAAACAGUUGAAGUUAAGCGACUUCCAGAGGAAGAUGCAUACAAGUUGUUUAUGCGUGAAGCAAACAUUAGGGAAGGAUCUAGUUGUUCCUUUGAUGGCAUUCCUCGUUCACUUGCUGAUAGGUGUUCCGGAGUGCCUCGUAGGAUUGUGAACAUAGCUACUCGUAUGUGUGGCAUAGAUGAUCCCCAUGAAUGGAAAUCUGCACUAUUUGAAUGAGGAACGGGAUGAAGAAUAAACAUGCAAAAUGAGAUAACUUCCUCUAUCACAAGGUUAGGUUAACUAGGAACUCGAGAUAGUGCUUCUAACGAAGAGCUAGGCAUCAAUCAGGAUUUGAUAAGGUCAGAUGAGACUAUGAGAGGAUCAUGAAACCAAUUGAAUGUUUUUCUGUUUUUCUGUUUUUCUGUGGGUUGUCAGUUGUCUCUCCUUCUAGGACUACUGGACUAGUGUUUGAUAAUGAUUAUCUAAUAUGACUGGUCUACGGGAGCUUGGUGUCGAGAAGAUCUUGUUCUAAGUCCUUCCGAUAGACUAGUGUUAUCAAUGUUGUUGCAGGGAGUAAAUAAUUAUACCUAGAUCGAUGGAGGAGUUUAAUGGGUGGUAGAGAAGACAUCCAUGAUGAAUUAAACCGAGCCAUGCGGCCUCUAUGUUACCCUGUUUUGUAACAGUUUGGGGGGGGGGGGUUUUUGAUAUACUUGCCCAUGUAUCUAAAUAAAGGUACUUGAAUCCUUGAGUCCUGAAGAGUCUUUUUUCUUAUAUGAUCUUUCAUGCUCCCAAUCGUUCUUAUGUUUAGUGAUGUGUCAUAAUUACUGAGAGCUGUUAAUUACAGGUGCUCUGCUACAGUGCUACGUCUUGUAUGUUUUCUCUCCUGUAUCUUGCCUGUACACUUAUCAAUUAUCAUGUUGGUUCUUAGAAAAUGCAUCCUAUGGGGUGUGAUUAACCUUAUUCCUGAAGUUUUCACCCCUAACUUCUUAUCAUUUAGAAUUAAUUGCUGCUACCUUUUUCUAUAUUUUAUUUCUCUACACUCAGUUUUGAUUGAGGUUCAAAAAAAAAAAGAAGAAAAAGAAAGCUGAAAAAAAGAAAAGUGAAAAAAAGAAAAAAAAUGAAAAAGAGAGAAAGCUUAGCUUUUUACUGAUCUCCUAAAACUUUGUGCACUUAUUAAGUAUUCCAUAAUAGUUUGGACACUUAUAAGUUCAUAAAUUUAAGGGGAUAAGCUCAAAAAGAUGUACACAGGAUUGACAGAAGUGAAAGAAAAUUUGCAACAUUUGUAUUUUGCUAGUUAAAUGAUCUUGGUCUCAUCUCUGUUGACUUAUGUUGGCGAUGGUUCCCAUGCUGAUAUGCUUAUGUGGCACCUUGUUAUAGUUGCUACGAUCAGACUGCCUUAUUUUAGAUUUCGUGGUCCUAAACACCACUUUGAAGCCCUUCUGAUUUUGUCCCUGGUAACUUUCAUGAUAGAGGUACAUCAUAAAAUUAGUUUUCCCAGCUCCGACAGAGUCCAUGGGUAUCUGGUAUCUUUUAUGUGAAAUAUACUAGUUUCCCAUGAAGCUUCUGCAAAUUCUGUCGUAAUGAGUUCUUAUGAACAACCAAAAUGGCACUAACCUCGUUCUAGUCUAUAGAUCUUGUUUGUAGGAUCUAAUCUUAUCCUAACUCAAGGAUGCACUACUUGUCUCUAGGAAAUGCCUCCUUAGCACUAUUCCAUGGCUUGUUCAAUUUCGAUAUAAAGAUCCUAUCAUCUUCUGUGUGCGUGCGUGUGUGCGUGUUUGUGGUUCUGUGUGUAUGUGUAUGUGUUUCUUUGUGUAUUUGUGUGUGUGUUUCUGUGUCUCUCUCUCUGUGUGCGUGUGUCAGGCGUGCAUGCGUGGGUGUGUCAGGCGUGGGCGUGUGCGUGUCUCUGUGUAUCUGUCUGUGUGUGUGUGUGUGUGUGUGUGAUGUGAUGGCAUCCAUUUUUGAAUGUGUUUUAUGUUCUGUGUCUUUACAGUUCAGAGUAGAGGAAACACUUUGUAUCAAAUUUUGUCGGGCGUUCCUCUGCAAACUGUCUGCCAUUGCUGGGUAGUAGGCUAGUAGCCGUACUUAGCUCGUCCCCUACCUGUUGAUGUAGCUCAAUACAUGGCAAUUGGCAUCCAUUGCAUACACUUCACCUUCUAUGGUCCCUCUUGGCUUCUUUUAAAACUUGUUUGAAGUUGUGUGUUAGCAGAUGUGAAAGUCAGAAUGAUACAAUUAACAGAAGGAGGGAGCAGCGCUAAUAUGAAAAUGCGCAUGUUUACAGAACUCGAAUGGAACAACUAUAAUCAUACCUGAAAAAUACGAAACAAAAGUAGCUGAUCAGAAGAAGCAUUAUCAAUGAGAACUCAAGGUUGUCUCAGCUACAGCCAGCAUCAUUAGGUGCUCAUUUUUUUUCCAUGAUUUGCUGACACAGAAAACAGCUUAGUUAGUGUUAUAGCACUUCUAAUUUUUUUGUUUAGGAUCUGAAUGAGAUCAAAUCUAUAGAUAUUGUAUAUCUGCUAGGUCUUUGAAACGUAGAAGCAACACACCUAGCAACUUCAUGAGGCAAAAUCCAGGAAAAGUGGUCAGUGAACUGAUAGAAAUAAUGAAUAUAGUUGUGGAUCUACACUGGGAGAGGAAGAAACAUCUAAGCUUCAUAUUAAAGAGAAGACUUUAGCAAGUCUUCUUGCUUCACUCAAGUCUUUUUUCUCCACUAUACUAGUUAUUCAACUUAAUUUUUUUUUUGUUUAUACUUCAUAUUUUCCUACCCACUUAUGUGUACUUUUAACCAAACAGAGUAUUUGCUCGGUUAGAGUAGUAGCAUUGUUGUUAA